UCUGUUAGGAUCUCAUCUCCCUGCGCCUCUUUCUCCUCGCCUCCCCUGCCCUCCUCAAUUCGACACCUCCAUAGUCCAUAGAUCGCAUCUCCUCCCUUGUGUUCUACGCCUCUCCACGCUGCAAGUAGCACCUCGCCAGUCGCCUCGACUCCGACGCGUACGCGAUGCUACCCGCACGUCGCCGGUAGCCUCGACCCGGUACGCCCGCGCUGCCGCCAGCACAUCGACGGUCGCCUGGACCCCGGGGCGCCCGUCCUGCCGCCUCCACGUCGCUGGUUAGCCUCGACCCCGGUGAGCCCGCGCUGCCGUCUGCACAUCACCGGUCGGCAACGCAACUCCGCUGUAGCUUGGAUAACUACAUACUAAAACAGUAAUAUAUAUUAGGAGAUGGCUCCAAGUAAGAUAUGGAUGAGACUAGUGGAUGAGCGAUUAGAUGAUGAAUACUUAGAAGGGGUAGAGAAUUUCCUUGACUAUGCGUUCAGCCACGCAGGCAGAGAGAAUGAAAUUCGAUGUCCAUGCAUCAAAUGCUGCAACACAUACUCUCAUCCUCGUGCAUUGGUUUCUUCUCACCUGAAAGUGUAUGGAAUUCUGAGAAAUUAUACCUUUUGGUACCAUCAUGGUGAAGUUGCGACGGAACCUCAAACAGUUUCUGAAGGUCAAGGCGAUGAAGAAACGCAAGCAGAGAGUGCAGAUGGAUAUGACCCAAUGCAAGAUUUGUUGCAUGAUCUGUUUCCUCAAAAUAAUAAUCCAACUGAGCAAACAACGACACCACCAUCUAACGAAGAGGACCAAAUACUGAAGCAGCAAAGUUUUAUAAAUUGCUUGACAACUACAACCAGCCACUUUAUGAAGGUUCUAGUACCACUAAAUUAUCUGCACUAGUUAACUUGCUUCACAUUAAGAAUUUGGGAAAGUGGAGCAACAAGUCCUUCACCAUGCUGUUGGAAUAUCUGCGGAAGGCUUUCCUACCACAAAACUCUACUUUGCCAAAUUCUUAUUAUGAAGCUAAAAAAACUAUUCAGGAACUAGGACUGAGUUACAGGAAAAUUGAUGCUUGCACGAAUCAUUGCAUGCUCUACUGGAAAGAAGAUAUAAAUGCGGAGUCGUGCAAGGUGUGUGGAGCAUCUAGAUGGAAAGAGGACAAGCGCACAGGCACCACUCUGCACUCGGCAAAAGGGAAGAAGAUUCCACAAAAAACAAUGCAGUAUUUUCCCUUAAAGCCAAGGCUGCAAAGGAUGUUCAUGUGCCAGAAAACUGCUGAAUCCUUUAGGUGGCAUGCGGAGGGCAGGGUAGAUGAUGGUGUCCUUAGAUGCCCUGCUGACUCGAAAGCUUGGAAAUAUUUUGAUGCAAAAAACAUCCCAUUUGCAAAAGAAAUUCGCAAUCUUAGGUUUUGUCUAUCUUCUGAUGGUUUCCAACCAUAUAAAACCACGCUAACAUCUUAUAGCAUCUGGCCCGUAUUCCUUGUUCCCCUAAAUUUGCCCCCAUGGAUGUGCAUUAAACAAGAAAAUGUGAUGUUGUCCAUGUUGAUUCCAGGGCUUGAUGGUCCUGGUGAUGCAAUUGAUAUUUAUCUGCAACCACUUGUAGAGGAACUUAUUGAACUAUGGAACGAGGGAGUUGACACUUAUGAUGCAUCAAUGAAAACAAGUUUCACACUGCGUGCAGCACUUCUGUGGAUGGUCCAUGACUUCCCUGGCUAUGCCAACCUGUCUGGAUAUAGCACAAAAGGAAAAUUGGCUUGUCCGGUAUGCCACAGUGGGACUUGUUCAUUAAGGCUUAAAAAUGGUGGGAAGUUCUGUUACAUGGGUCAUCGACGCUUUCUUCAUAAAAACCAUAGGUGGAGGAAAGAUAAAAAAUCUUUUGAUGGUACCAUAGAAACCAGAGAACCACCAACACCCUUGACAGGACAAAAUGUGAUGGACCAAGUGGCUGAUCUAGAGGGGAUUAUCUUGUCUAAGGAUGCAAGUAAGAAGACAAAGGUGUCCCACGAUGAGAGAGGAGAUAGCUGGAACAAAAGAAGUAUAUUUUGUAAUUUGCCAUAUUUCAAAACUCUCUUGUUGUGCCAUAACCUUGAUGUCAUGCAUAUAGAAAAGAAUAUAUGUGAUAGUAUCAUGGCAACAAUUAUGGAUGUCAAAGGAAAAACGAAGGAUAACAUAAAUUCUCGGCGUGAUUUGCAACUAAUGAAAAUAAGGCCAGGUAUGCAUCCGGACAAGGAAGGGGACAAGCCUACUUUUCCAUCUGCGCCUUUCACUUUGCUUCCACCCAAUAAGAUUUUGUUCCUUCGGUUUUUUAAGGACCUCGAAGUUCCAGAUGGAUUUUGUUCAAACCUUGGCCGCUGCACUAAUAUGAAAGAGAAAAAAAAAUUCAGGACUGAAGAGCCACGACUGCCAUGUUAUACUAAAUCAUUUACUUCCUCUAGCACUGCGUGGACUUGUUCCCCAGAAUAUUUAUGACCCUCUGGUUGAGCUUUGACAGUUCUUUUGCAAAUUAAACUCCAAAUCACUUUUAGUAGAAGAACUUAAUGAAAUGCAGGCCCAAAUACCUGUGACACUAUGUAAGCUUGAAAAGGAAUUCCCACUGUCCUUUUUUGAUGUCAUGAUGCAUCUGCCUGUUCAUUUGGCUAAUGAGGCUCUUGUUGGUGGACCUACAAUAUAUCGGUGGAUGUAUCUCUUUGAGAGACAAAUAAAGUGUCUGAAAUCGCUAGUGCGAAAUUUGGCACGACCUGAAGCUUCCAUUGCAGAGGGAUACAUUGCAGAAGAGUUCAUUUCAUUGUGCUCUAGUUAUUUGGAUGAUGUCGAGACAAAGCAUAAUCGACCAGGCAGAAUCAAUGAUGCACCAGGGGAUGACAACUAUUAUUUGUCAAUAUUCAAUCCGGAUGGAAGGCCAUCCGGUGGUCGUAAACCUAGAGAUCUUAAUCUUCUUGAAGCAGAGCAAGCUCAUAUUUAUGUUUUGAGAAAUUGUGAUGAAGUUCAACCAUAUAUCAGUGAGUACUCCAGUAGUCAAGAUGGAUGUUCACUGCAACCAUUUACCACCAUGUGGAACCAGAAGUUCAAUCAGUGGUUCAAAGAGAAGGUAGCCAGCUUGCACGAACAUGAUAAGAGUGAGCUCACCGAAGACCUUUUGGCACUAUCACGUGGUCCAUUGGAAAAUGUAACAUGUUUUACUGGCUAUGACAUGAAUGGAUUCAGAUAUCGUGUUCAAAGUCGAGAUAGACACCUCUGCACACAGAACAGUGGGGUGGCUGUACUUUCAGAACAAGGGGAUAAUGGUAAUACAGUAGAAUAUUAUGGCAUAUUGACAGAGAUAGUCGAACUGCAAUACUUAGGUGGAAGGCGUGUGACAUUAUUCCGUUGCAACUGGAUUGACGUAUUUGACAAAGAGCAUGGGAUUAAGAAAGACAACAAGCAUGGAAUCGUUAGUCUUAACCUGCAGCGUUUGCUUCUGACAGAUGAGCCUUUCGUUCUGGCUAGCCAAGUCUCUCAAGUAUUUUUUGUCAAGGAUAAUCUUAUAAAAGGAUGGCAUGCAGUCGUGAAAAAUCCAUCACGUCAUGCUUACAGUGUACCACAUGGACAGUCUGAUGAUGAAGCCUAUGAAGCUGAACCUGACAAUGGCGAUGAAGACGACUUGCUUCAAAAUUCGACAACAUCACGUAGAAAUAGAACAACAUGAUGGCACUAGUUUAUGCAACUCUUAAUCUGUAGUAAUCGAUUUGCUUCAUAUUUUUUGCUUUUACCUUAUUAAUAAACAGUGACACAAGUAGUUCUGUACUUACUUUAUUUGAUUUAGCAUUCAAUAAUUCAUUUUCAGUAUAUCAACAUUCACUUAUUUAAUUCAAUUUUACUUUGUAUAGCCUUUGUGCACACUUUAAACUAACACUAUAUGCGUAGGGUAUCACAAUGAGUCAGCACAAGUAUGGAAACUUAACAGCAUUAGCUCGGGAAAGAUGCUCCUCAUAGUUGAAUAAGUCUGGACUGGUACACCAGGGUAUUGGUAGGCGGACCUUGCCAGAGAAAUCAAGUCAAAUAGCAGAUUUCAGCAGAAAAAGGGUUACUCACAAGCCUAAUUUGCAAGAUGAGGAACUGUGGAAAAAGUAUGAGUUAGCUACAAAAGAUGGAAAUGAUGCGGCAACAAAUACACCAAUCUUGUUUACUACAAAUUUUGAUGCUGAUGAUUUCCGAACUAUGAGUGAUGAAGCUGAUACCAGCAAUGAUGGUGACAUGGGAAAUGAUAUGCAUGAUUUUCAUGAUGAAUUAAUGGGUAAUGAAAAUCUGGAAAGUGAAGAAUCCCAGGAUAGCCAUGGCUUUGCAGGUACCUCAAAGAUUAGUAAGCACAACAAUGCAACUGAAUUAGUUGAUGAAAAUCUGGAAAGUGAAGAAGUGCAGGGUAACCAUGGCCUUGCAGCUACGUCCAAGACUAGACCUCGAACAGGUGAAAAGCGUAGGGUCCGUGGGAAAAAUAAAUGCAAGGAAGUAGCUGAUCUCAUGGAGUCCCAAAAAAUUAAAGUCCGAUUUUACAAUAAUUGUGCGCUUUGCAAAAGUUUUGCACGACACUUGGGUAGAAUCGUCCGUAAUCCUAGAAUUGCCCCGAUGAGGGUAAAGGAAUGGUCCAAUAUUACUGAUGCAGCUCGGAAACAUAUAUUUGAUGCAAUUAAGGACAAGUUCGAAAAUAUUGACAACAACAUUGCAAUAGAUGUGUACAAACAUGAGAUAUUAGACCAUGUCAAGAAACUUUGGAUCAACUGGCGUGGAGACUUGCACCGGCAUUUUGUGAAACCCAACAAGACUAUGCAGGAGGCUAUGAAAAAGGUACCUAAAGAUAUUCCGAAGGAUGACUGGGAAUGGCUUGUGAAGGAGCAUUUUUUCAGCAAGGAGUUUCUGAAAAAGAGCAAGAGAAACACCCAAAACAGAGCUAACCUCAAAAUGCUUCACCGAUCUGGCAGUAAACCCUUUAGACAGAUAAUUUGGGACAUGGGAGGAAAGGAAAACAAGCCACCGAGUAUGGAUAAACUAUUUUCAGAGACACACAAGAAGGGUACAGACUUCCCUGAUUCUACAACCUCCGCCAAACAUGCACAAAUUAAGACCAUAGUUCAGUCGAAUCCUGGUCUUUCAAAUGAUGAAGUCAUGCAGAAAUGUGACACAUCUAAGCGGCGUGAUCGCGUAGUUGGCUUUGGUGGUGGAAUUAGAGCACCAGAUUUGUGAGGACCAGCAUUAAGUAAGGCUGAAUUAGUUUCUCAACUUCAAGCUUCUGAGCAAGCGAAACAAGUACUCGAAGAAAAGGUCAAUGGCAUGGCGCACGAAGUAUCAGAAAUUAAGCGUCUUCUAUCUGGUAGAUUUUUAACUGAUAGUUCUCAUGAACGCCAACAUGAUCAAGACUGAUGGUCCACCAAUGAAUCAAGCAUAAGGAGGCAUUGUAAUCGCUGGUGAAGAAUGAUAUCCAUUCAAACAACGAUGGUGUUCCUCUAUUGAAGACUAAUAAAUAUUAUCUUUUCUAGUUGUCUUGUUUUCCAUAUAGAUAUGAUCAAGUACAUUGGUGAUAUAAGGAGUCCUUUUGACUCAAAUUUGUUACAAGAUAUUUUAAUUUCAGAAUUGUAUGUCAGAAUAUUGGUACUUCUAUUAAUAAAAGAGGCUAUGUUCCUUUCAA